GUAAUUAACGUUACUCCUUAUAAAUCGGGUUGCCGCAGUUUUUCCAUAAUAACAUUUCUCUUCAAAGAGAAAAAAAAAAAAAAAAAAAAAGGAAAAGGAACUGAAGAAUCCCUUUCAUUUGCUCUCUUUUGAAACUGCUUUUCUUUCUCUCUCUAUAAUGACUUUCCUUCUCUCCCACGUCUGCUUUUAAAUUCAUUUCCCCAAGAGGGUAUCUAAAUUUUGGAUGUUAUUGCCGAGUGUUUUCCGGUAAACGUUGUUGGGUAUUGAAAUUUGGGCAGUUUUUCUCUCUUUUACUAACCAUCUCUCUGCAAUUUCAUGGAAAUAUGAAGCUCUCCGGUUGUUUGCCAUUGCUUGCAGAGCAAAAAAGUAGGCAUUCCUGUCUUUGUAGCCUUCUUCCAACUGCUUCUUUGCUUUGUCUUGCAUUGUUUGUGGGGAGUGUAUAUGUAGCACCCAACUAUAGGGAGAAAAUAUCUAGAUGGGGAAUAGAUGGUUUAGUCAGUUCAAAGUUCAAUAAAUGUGAGAAACAAUGUAGGCCAAAUGGAAGUGAGCCACUACCUAAAGACAUUGUUGUCACUGCAUCUAACUUGGAAAUGCGACCGCUGUGGGGCGCGUCAAAGCGUUCUUAUCAGAAUCCUGUUAACUCAUCAAGUAACAUAUUCGCCAUGGCCGUUGGGAUUAAACAAAAAGAUCUUGUGAAUAAAAUGGUGACAAAGUUUCUUUCUAGCGACUUUGCUGUGAUGCUUUUCCAUUAUGAUGGUAUUGUGGACGAGUGGAAGGAUUUUGAUUGGAGUAACCGCGUAAUACACGUAACUGCAGUCAAUCAAACUAAGUGGUGGUUUGCCAAGCGCUUCUUACAUCCUGAUAUUGUAGAAGAAUAUGAUUACGUCUUUCUUUGGGAUGAGGACCUUGGAGUUGACAAUUUCGAUCCAAAACUGUAUGUACAUAUUAUUGAAAGUGAAGGGCUAGAGAUUUCACAACCUGCACUUGAUCCAUACAAAUCAGAGGUACACCAUCAAAUUACUGCACGCGGGAGGCGAUCAACAGUCCACAGGAGAACUUUUAGACCUAGUAAUGGUGGAAAGGGUUGUGAUGUCAACAGUACAGCCCCUCCAUGCACUGGAUGGAUAGAAAUGAUGGCCCCUGUUUUUUCCCGAGCUGCAUGGCGUUGUGUUUGGUAUAUGAUCCAAAAUGAUUUGAUCCAUGCUUGGGGCUUGGAUAUGCAACUGGGAUACUGUGCUCAGGGUGAUCGAACAAAGAAUGUUGGUGUCGUUGACUCUGAAUACGUAAUCCAUUACGGAAGACCUACACUAGGUGGUCCAGAAGAAAAUGAGACAUCUUCCAAUUCUCGUGUUAAGGAUCAUAGAGCUGAUGUAAGAAGACAGUCCUAUAUCGAACUAGAUGUAUUUAGAAAAAGAUGGCAAAAGGCCGCUGAGCAAGAUGAGUGUUGGCAAGAUCCUUACCCAGAGACAGUGGAGGGUAAAACUUCAUAAGAUCAUAAUUCCAACGAUUUUAUAACAUUAUACAUCGUCAUUGAAGUUGAGAAUGGGGCAACUUACACGCCCAUUGCUAUUCAAGGAUGAGGAGGAAAGAAUGAUUGAAUGCUGUGACAGUUUCAACUUGUUGUGUUGAAAUGUGUUUUAAGUGUUGCUGCUGGGGGUAUAGAGUUGUAUUGUAAGUAAGUUAGUUUACUUUUAGGUGAACACCUUUUUUCCUAUCUUUUAUACACACUUCACCUUCAAUCCCCUUGCCUUUCGGAAAAGAAUAUUCCAACUACAUGAGAUUACCUUUAAUUCUCUAUAAAUGGAGGAUUAUUACACCCUUCUAAUUUAA